UGGUGGAGCGCGGGAGUGGCUGUCGCGUCUGUCAGGGGGACCGGUGGCCGUGAAGUCGGGUGGCGAAGGAAAGGUGGGGUGGGGUGGGAAGCCAAGGCGGGCGCCUCGCCGGCGGUGCCUUCCUGUCGGGCCAUGGCGGUAGGGAGGCAGUCCGUGGAAGCAGCCGGACUCGGGGAGUUGAGUUCUCCUGGAGCAAAGGGACGGCGGCGCUGGACCGUCGCGGAAGGCUGCGGGCGGGAGGAGGAGGAAUGCCCCGCCGUGCUGUCCCUCAGCCACUUCUCCCGGCCGCCCUUCCUCAGCUUCGGCUCUGUCCGGGUCGGCACGUCGCGCCUUCGCCGUCUGGCCGUGGAGAACCCCAACGCGGAGCCGGUCCGAGUGGCCGUCUGCCGCCCUCCGCCCGCCUCGAAGGGCUUCAGCGUCGAGCAGCAGCGCGGCUCCGUCCUUCAGCCUGGAGAAAGAAUAUUCAUUUCAAUAACAUGGACACCUCUGGAAGGUGGCAAAAUUCGGGAACUCAUUACUUUUAUUGUAAAUGAUGUUGUGAAACAUCAAGCAGUUUUGCUGGGCACUGCUGAACAGCCUGUAAAGAAAAAAAGGAAUCUUUGGGAUACAAUAAAAAAGAAAACACCUUCACAACGUCCACAGCGUAAGAAAAGACUGCCCAUCAUUAAAAAUGUUAACAAAACUUUUCAGAUACCUGAAAAAAUGGACAGAGGUAGAAGCCCACUUCAGUCCUGUGAGAAUAUGGAAAUGAAUAGAGGUAGCAUUUCAGCUGAUGAAAAUUCUUUAAUUCUGUCAGAAAGUAAACUCUCUCUCUCUCCUAUUAGUCCCAUCAUGCAAGAAAAUCAGCAUAUCACUUGCACUCCUGGCUCAGUGAGAUCAACUACUUAUUCUGUGCUUGGCACAGCAGCUUGUGAUGAGUUACUAAAGGAUAUAAAAGAAACAUGUAGUGUUAUGCCACUAUGCAACUAUCUUGUGGGAAAAAAAUUAGAAAGUCCACAUAAUGUUAACUCCAUGGGAACACAUCUUUCUCAUACAAAUUCAGUUUGCACACCAGAACAGAGACUGCAUACUCAUUUGAAUCACAGGAGAAUUUUAAGCCCUGAUUCCUUUGUAAGUAACAGCUAUGAGCUGGCUGAAGAACCAGCUGCAGCUGCAAAAGUGCCAAUUCUUUCACCUGAUCAGUUUUUAAAAGAGAAUCAAAUAGCCAUUCAGCCAGCUUUGCAGGUACAUAAAUCUGUAUUUCUUUCUUCGAAUGUGGACUCAAGUAUGUCAAGGACAACUUUUCCAAGACAAAAAAUGGAAAAGACACAAGUAGUGACUUUUUCUGUGGAUCCAAAGUUUUCAAACAAAGCAUUUAAUGACAUAAACAAUAGCAAGUCUGCAACGCUUAAGGACGAUAAGUUUGAAGAAAAGAUCAGCAGGUUCAGGAAAACGGGCAAAGACCAGACCUCCUAUGUCCAGAAAGAACUCUGCAGAAAAAAGCCUGUACUUUCCAGCACUGUUACCAAAAGUAAGCCAGAUCCUCCUAAUGGAAAAGAGAUGGUGCUGAAAGCAAAAUCUAAGAGAUGUCUUUCUAAUGCAAUACAGCAAUGUGUCAAUACUCCUGAAGGUACAAAACUGCAAAUACUGCCAAGACUUCCAGUUAUAGAACCACUUUCAGGUGAAGUGAAAUGUCUUGAAGAUAAAACAGCUUCUGCAUGUUUGGAAGUAGCUUCGUACAGCCGUAAAAGAAAAAGUCAAGAAUAUUUAAUAGAUCCUGAUAACAGAAGUGAAGCAUAUGGAGAAACUGUUAAAACAAAAAAGAUCCAGAUAUCUUCUGCAGAAAAUGGAAAUAAGAUUGGUUUGAAAACAUCACUUCCCAAGCCUAUGAGCAGAGAGAAGCGAGGCCAAACAAAGAGAUCUGGCUCCUUAUCUCAGAAAUUCAAGACUGCAAAAAGAACUAAGAAAAUAGUUCCUGUUUCACAGUCCCACCUAACCUUUGUGAAACCUUUAAAAACAGAUAUUCCUAGGCAUCCCAUGCCUUUUGUGGCCAAGAACAUGUUUUUUGAUGAGCGCUGGAAAGAGAAACAGCAACGAGGUUUCACUUGGUGGCUGAAUUACGUACUUACUCCUGACGACUUUUCUGUAAAAACAGACAUUUCACAAGUCAAUGCAGCAUUCCUUAUGUUGGGAACAGAAUCUCAUCAUAAGUCAAGUGUUCCUAAAGCACCAACAAAAGAGGAAGCAUCCCUAAGAGCAUACACAGCACGAUGCAAAUUAAACAAACUUCGUCGAUCAGCAUGCCAUUUGUUUACCUGUGAUGAGAUGGUUAGAGCAAUAAAACGGCUGGAAAUUGAAAUUGAAGCAAAGCGCUUGCUAGUUCGAAAGGACAGACAUUUGUGGAAAGAUAUUGGAGAGAGACAGAAAAUCCUCAACUGGCUUUUAUGUUACAACCCACUAUGGCUACGCAUAGGUCUGGAAACAAUUUAUGGUGAACUUAUUCCUUUGGAAAGUAACAGUGAUGUGAUGGGUUUAGCAGUGUUUAUACUCAGCCGCUUACUGUGGAACCCUGAUAUUGCAGCUGAAUAUAGACAUCCAUCAGUGCCACAUCUUUAUCGAGAUGGCCAUGAAGAAGCAUUGUCCAAAUUUACACUGAAAAAGCUGCUUCUGUUGAUUUGCUUCCUUGAUCGUGCAAAAUUGUCUCGAAUUAUUGAACAUGAUCCUUGCCUCUUCUGCAAAAAUGCAGAAUUCAAGUCUAGUAAAGAAAUAUUGCUGGCAUUUUCCCGAGAUUUUUUAAGUGGAGAGGGUGAUCUUUCACGCCACCUUGGAUUUAUGGGCUUUCCAGUUAAUCACGUGCAAACUCCAUUAGAUGAAUUUGACUUUGCUGUAACAAAUCUUGCUACAGAUUUGCAGUGUGGCAUUCGCCUUGUGAGAGCAUUGGAACUUCUGUCAAAAAAUUGGAGUCUUUCCAAAAAAUUAAGAGUUCCUGCAAUAAGCCGACUUCAGAAGAUACAUAAUGUCAACAUUGUACUUGAGGUACUUAAAGACCAUGGGAUUCAGCUAAAGGCCGAACACAGUGGAACAAUUGAAGCAAAGGAUAUUGUGGAUCGGCACAGAGAGAAAACAUUUGCUUUACUGUGGAAAAUAGUGUUUGCUUUUCAGGUGGAUGUUUCCCUUGAUGUGAUUCAGUUAAAAGAAGAAACUGAUAUUUUAAAGAACAUGUAUAUCUCCAAAGGGAAGGGAGUGUCUUUGGAAUCUUCUGUUGUUAAACAAGUGAGAAAAGAUAGCAGCAGCAAUAGCUUUUAUUCAUCGGAAAGUUACAGUGGAAAUAUAAAACUGUUAAUGAUUUGGGUGAAUGCCGUCUGUCAAUUUUACAAUGUGAAGGUAGAAAACUUCACAGUAUCUUUCUCAGAUGGAAGAGUGCUAUGCUAUUUGAUUCAUCAUUAUCAUCCAUGUUAUAUACCUUUGGAUGCGAUAUGCCAGCGCACUACUCAAACAGUAGAAUGUACUAAAAGUGGUACCCUUGCACUUAAUUCGUCCUCUGAAUCUGAAGGUUCUCUAAAUCUGCUGAGUGAAACUUUUGACCAAGCUGUAACUACGUCCAUGCUUUAUAAAGAACUUCUUGAUAACGAGAAGAGAAAUUUCCAACUGAUUAAUGCAGCAGUUUCUAACCUUGGUGGCAUUCCAUCUAUGAUUCACCAUUCAGACAUGUCUAAUACAAUUCCUGAUGAAAAGGUAGUUAUCACCUAUCUGUCAUAUCUGUGUUCACGACUUCUAGAACUUUCUAAAGAGAUUCGAGCAGCUCAACUGAUUCAGUCCGCUUGGAGAGAACGCAGACUGAAAACAAAACUUGCUCAGACCAAGAGUGCAGCAGUUGUAAUUCAGAAAUAUUGGCGAAGAUGUUUGGCGAAGAUGGAACUUGAGAAAUUAAAAAAGGCAAAGCAGGAAGAAGCUAUAAAGGGAUGGCAUGAAGCUGCUGCUGUCCUUCAGGCUUGGUACAAAAUGAAGAAAGCGAGGAAACAUUUCCUAAAGAUGUCUAAGGCUGCUCUCGUUAUUCAGAUACACUACCGUGCAUACAGAGAGCAAACCACUCAGAGGCUGAAGUUCCUGCAAAUGAAAAAGGCAGCUGUCUGUUUGCAAGCAGGCUAUAGGGGUUAUAAACUACGCAAGAUGCUUAGAUGUCAAUAUGCGGCUGCUAUUAAGAUACAGGCUGCAUUCAGGGCUUACACUGCUAAAACAAAAUACCAAGCCUUGAUUCAAGCCUCCCGUACAAUUCAGAAAUGGUACAGGGCUUCCAGAAUGAGAAGACAUUUCCUGAAGACUAAAGCAUUGGUGACUUUGCAGGCAGCUCUGCGGGGAUGGCAAGAAAAGCAUUGGUGA